CUGAUAGAUACAUUUCAGUCAAUCAGUCCAUUAGGUGGUUCACAGAAAAAACUACAGAUACCAGAUAGGCAAAAAACUACAGUACUACAGAUAAGUAGGUACCUAUAUCUAAAUAAAAAGCGGGCUUAAAACGUUACCAAAACACAUUCCCCAUUGAGCUCAAUAAACGGAGAUCGUAUACUUUAGAAACCAAACAAGAUGUCACGAAAAUCUCAGAUCAUAUUGGAUGUUUGCGAAAUCCUCGCUCAACAGGAAAAUUUGAAAGUAACCGUUAAAGAAUCUGCAAAAGGAGCUGCUAUUGUAGGUGUUGGAACCUUUAUUGGGGCCUUAUUUGGAGGAAAAAAUGGAUUGCUUGCAGGUGCUGCGCUAGGAAGUGCUGCUGCAAUGGCUCUAGUAUCCGAAUUCAAAUCCGUCGUUGAGAUAAUACGAGAUGAUAUGAAUGAUACUGAAAGGGAAAAACUCGCCAGGAGUGUUGGUUCCCUGCUCAAAGGGAUCAAUAUUACUAGUGUAGGAGCAGUCGUUGCAGCUGUUUCUGCAAAAUCUGGUCUGAAGAGUAAGGUGGUGAAUGAAAUUACCAAUUUUUUGCAGAAUGAGAUGCAGUUGAAUGUCAGCUGAAAUUCUCUUUUUCAAUUUUUCCUUUGCUGAUGUUUGUUUCUAUGUUAUUUUAUUGUUUGAUCAUAUUUUGUGACGCUUUUAUUGAAUUCAUAGCUCUCAUAUUGAAAUGUUGUAGACUUUAUUUAAUUUUAGACUUUAGGCACUUGAGGUAAUAGUACUUGAUGAUUUUCCUGUG